AGCUAAACUGGACUUUGUCCCCAAAACCCAUCUGAGUUGCCCUACUUUACUUAUCUAUGCUAUUUGUAUUUCCGGGUCUGAGCGGGUCUCAUUCGCUCUGUCGAAAAAAUAAACUGGUAACUCCGACCGCUGAUCAGCUUCGUUGGUGAGAAUGUCUACCUACAACCUCUGACUUCUUCGCUCACUGAUGGAGCUGUAUUGCUUCGUCUGUUUCUAUUCUCUUUCUAUUCAGUUUAAUUGGAGUUCAUUGUUCGCACGUGGUGGUGGCAUUGGACCUUUAUCAUAUUUCGCCACGUUUCAAAGCCUUUGACUUCGCCAUGGACUCAAAAGGUCUUGGCAACCCGCAGGCACAGGCUCCGCAGGAGCCAGGUUCCUCAGAUCAAAUAUCUGUAGCCGAGCCAAAGAUGGGCAACACAUUUUCUCAUAAUCGCCAGGGCGAUCCUAAUCUGUAUGAGGACGAAGUUAAAGCAGCAUAUUUGAAUGAAUAUGAUGAGGAAGAGGACGAUGAGAUUCUCUAUUGGCCGCGGUCCCCUGCGGCGGUAGAGCCGAGCACUCCAGCUACCACAUCUCUAGAUCAAAAUAGUCAGAUCGAUUACAUGUAUCUCACCUUCGAUACCGAUCUCCCAGUCCCGAACUUUCCAAUCGCAAAAGCCGACACGGUGAUCCCAGAGUCGCCAGAUCUUUCCCGCUAUAUUGAUCCCAUGCGAUGGCCCAGAUCCCGCAAGACCGUGAUGGUAACGGUAGCUUGUAUAGGCACCUUGGCCACAGCAUAUGCCGCUGGCGCAUAUUCCCCGCCCAUCAACCUGAUCAUCGCUGAGCUGCAUACUACUCGCGAGGUGGGGUUGCUGGGAGUAACAACAUUCUGUCUAGGCUUUGCUUACGCCCCUAUGAUUCUUGCCCCCUUCUCCGAGAUUAACGGACGGUAUCCCAUCUUCGCUAUCGCCGGUGUGGUGUUCACUGUGUUUCAAGCCGCAUGCGGUCUCGUCACGAAUGUUCCAGGCAUGCUCAUUGCGCGAUUCUUCACCGGCGUCGGUGGAAGUGUGUUCUCAACCAUGGUUGGUGGAGUUAUUUCCGAUCUUUACGAGAACAAGGACCGGAACGCCCCCAUGGCUAUCUUCAGCAUGUCUGUGCUUAUUGGCACGGGCCUGGGGCCCUUGGUCUCUUCUAUAAUCGUUGAGCAGAGUGGACCUGACACCAAGGUGUGGAAGUGGGUUUUCUGGCACCAGGUCAUUCUUGAUUUCGUCGUGGGUCUUGCUGUUGUUUUACUUUUCAAGGAGAGUCGUGGUUCGGUUGUUCUGUCAAGGAAGGCAAACGCGUUGAAUAAAUGGUAUGAAAGAUUGGAGGAACUAGGUAUCGUUGGUGUCUGGGUUGCAGACAGUGUGUCUCCAGUGUUUCGGCCGGGCCAGCUUCCCAUCCGACAUCCCAAUGACUGCGAGAAACAAUCGGGAUCUGUACAUCCUGAAGGAGUGAAACUGCGACGUAUUCGAUGGACGACAGUGGGAGAUGAAGCACGGGGGUCACUCAUGACUAUGGUGUCUACCUCCCUAACGCGGCCCUUUGAAUUUCUUUUCACUGAACCGAUCGUUUUCUUCUUUUCUUUGUGGGUCUCUUUUGCGUGGGCAGUGCUGUACUUGACAUUUGGAUCGAUCCCACUAGUAUUUCGUCGCCAGUAUAACUUCAAUACUCAGCAGUCGGGCUAUGUUUUCGCUGCUCUAAUCGUCGGUUCUACCAUAGGAGCCGUCCUGGGUAUCUUCCAAGACAAAUUCCUACAACAUCCCAAUUGGCGAAACCCAUUAUCGAACCGCGGCUCCAGUAGCGGUAGUGAUAGCGACGUUGAGAGCAUCGAGCCAAGCACUCAUGGCGCUUGGGUGUUCAUUCGGCGCCGGUUUCCCGCCGAAUCUCCCGAGUCCCGACUCUAUCUCACUUGCUUCACUGCCGUAUUACUCCCCAUCGGGUUGUUCUUGUUCGGAUUCUCCGCCGAGCCUUCAACUCACUGGAUCGUUCCCACUAUUGGCGUUGGACUUGCUUCAGCGGGUAUCUACUACAUCUACCUGGCCACCUUCAACUACCUUGCCGACAUCUACCAAACUUACGCGUCGUCGGCUAUCGCGGCGCAGUCGUUUUGUCGUAAUAUCUUGGGCGGUGUGUUCCCGCUGGUGACCACACCACUAUUCACUAACUUGGGAGAAGACGCUGCGGGCGGACUCUUGGGUGCUAUAGCCACUCUGCUGACCGUGGUCCCUUGGGCGUUAGUCUUGUUUGGAGAGAGGAUCCGCCGGAGGAGUAAAUAUGCUAUAGCACUUGAGAAGCCUACAUAGCUGAUUAGACUUAUUACAUUCUCAUAUAAUAUACAAUGUUUUCGGGUCAUAUUUGAC